UUUAUAUAUAGGAACAAUGGAACAUUGAGCGGGGUUGUGGAGGCAGUGUUACAAGAAUUGCGGGACCAUCGACGGCAAUAUAUUUCAGGACUCCAGAUUUAAAUUCUUGGAGACAGGCCGAGUCACUCGCCUGGCUUUCUUCCGGUGCAGAGGCGCCUGGUUUAGCUGUUAUUGGACCCCUAGGCUGGACGUGGCAGCAUGAUGUGGCAAUACAUGUCAAAGAAAAAUUAAGGGCCCACUGCAGAGCUCAUUUUCAUUCGGUAUACAUGAAGAAAAUAAACGAACCUAUCCACAGACAUAAGGGACUGGCUGAGUUCACACAGAAGCUAGACACCACACCGCUAUCUCGAUUUCACACAAAGGAAACGAAAUUAAGGGGUCUCGAGGCCGCGCCUCUCCGUCCUAGCCAAUCGCUGACGACGCAACCGGAAGUUCAAGGUUGACCGACUCCCUCAGGCUUCCUCCAAGUAUCGCGAGAUGAAAUAUGGAAACUGCCGGCAAUCGAUUGGGUAAGGGGACCAGUGACGUCACACGCAAAACGCCGGGCCUACCGCGAGAUCGUGAGGGAGGCUGCGAAGUCUGUUUCAAGGCCUCUCUGAGCCCGCCAAGUAGACACCAUGAGCAAAGCUCACCCUCCCGAGUUGAAAAAAUUUAUGGACAAGAAGUUAUCAUUGAAAUUAAAUGGUGGCAGACAUGUCCAAGGAAUAUUGCGGGGAUUUGAUCCCUUUAUGAAUCUUGUGAUAGAUGAAUGUGUGGAGAUGGCAACUAGUGGGCAACAGAACAAUAUUGGAAUGGUGGUAAUACGAGGAAAUAGUAUCAUCAUGUUAGAAGCCUUGGAACGAGUAUAAAUAAUGGCUCUUCAGCGGAGAAAUCCAUGUCACCUCACCAAACAGCCUGUUUUUACUAUGGUGUAAAAAUCAGGUCAUGUACAUUUUUAUAUUCGACUUUUUGUUAAAUAAACUUGUAAUAGUCAAAAAUGCAUUCUCUCAGAUGUUCUGAAUAUAGUAAUAGAAUACUAGCUUUAAUUCUAAUUUUUUCUAAUGUGAAUUUUCCUGGUUGAGACUGAUUUCAAAGAGUUUUAUGCAAUAAAAUAGAAGAACCUUAUUAAAUGUGAAA